AUGAACGACGGACCGGAGAACAACUCGACUGAACUGUCCGACAACUGGACGCUUUACGACUCCGUCGCGCCCAAGAGCAACAUCACCUAUGUCGGAUUUUACCUGCAUCAGCCGUCCGCGGCGGCCAUCUUCAUCGUGUCCUACAUGCUGAUCUUCCUCGUGUGCAUGGUGGGAAAUGGAGUCGUGUGUUUCAUCGUGAUGAAGAGCAAAAACAUGCGCACGGUCACCAAUUUGUUCAUCUUGAACCUGGCUGUGAGUGACCUCCUGGUGGGGAUCUUCUGCAUGCCCACGACCCUCCUCGACAACAUCAUCACAGGAUGGCCUUUUGGGAGCCUUGUCUGCAAAAUGAGCGGCAUGGUUCAAGGCAUCUCCGUGUCAGCAUCCGUCUUCACUCUGGUGGCUAUUGCUGUUGACAGAUUCAGGUGCAUUGUCUACCCAUUCAAGCAAAAGCUCACCAUAUCCACGGCUUCCCUGAUAAUAGUCGUCAUCUGGGUCCUGGCCAUCUCCAUCAUGUGUCCCUCUGGCGUGAUGCUUCAAGUGUCCAAGGAGCAGACCUUCCGGGUGCUGCUGGGCUACGACAACAAAACCAGCCCGUUCUACUGGUGCAGAGAGAACUGGCCCAACCAGGAGAUGAGGAAGAUCUACACCACCGUCCUGUUCGCAAACAUCUACCUUGCUCCCCUGUCGCUCAUCGUAGUCAUGUACGCCCGAAUCGGCAUCACGCUUUACAAAACGACGGUACCGACGGGGGGCAAGCCGGGCCACGAAAACCGCCACUCCGUGUCGAAGAAGAAGCAGCGGGUGAUCAAGAUGCUCCUGAUCGUCGCGCUGCUUUUCAUCCUCUCCUGGCUCCCUCUGUGGACCCUCAUGAUGCUGAGCGACUACGCCAGCCUGACCGAGCAGCAGUACAGAAUCAUCAACAUCUACGUCUACCCCUUCGCCCACUGGUUGGCUUUCUUCAACAGCAGCGUCAACCCCAUCAUCUACGGGUUCUUCAACGAGAACUUCCGCCGAGGCUUCCAAGCAGUGUUCAAGUUCAGCCUGUGCACGGCGGACGGGCAGCGGAGGAAAAACUACUCGCACCGGCUGCAGGGGAACUCCGUGCUGCCCGCCAACAAUGCACAGACGACCCUGGAGCCCAUUUCUCUCAACAGCCUGGAUAAGAGGCCGUGCCGGAGACUCAACCACGUGGCCGAGCACGACCUGGUCAUGGAGGACCUGGACAAGGCGUCUGGCAGCAGCGGGGGGGUGACCGCGGUGUCUAUUUGA